AUGCGUGUCAGGUCGUAUCACCAGUCGUGCCUCGAUAACUAUUGGUUUGCGUUCGCUAAGUUGGCAGUUGGUCCCACCGCCGAAGAGAUCAAGCAGGAAAAGGCUUUAAAAGGCCGCGUGAAAUACACGGAACUCAUGGUGGCACUUAAUGCUUUCUUCAUGGCUGGCGACUCGAUUCCAGAUACCCUGCGCUUGUUCAGGAACGUCCAGCGCGAUGAGCCUAUCUCAAAGGCGAGGAACUAUGCGCGAUUAGAAGCGCUGCAAGCUGUGGUAGUUGCAACAGGUGCUUGUCCCGACGACGUCUGCAAGAGUAAUGGAGAAACCAACAAGCUCUUCAAGGUGCAUUACGAGGUCGCACCGGAGGUCGAACAGGAAUACAGCGGCGCUGCCUGA